AUGUGCAGCUCUGACGGAUGCUCUGACCAACGCAGGGAAACAACGUCUAUCAAAUCCUCCAUCUAUCGCGGAUUGGAGGAGAAUGGUCGUCGCUAUCAAACGUUAAGUCAUAAGGAAUACAUCGUCCCUUCGGACGAAAAACAAUUCGAAACAUACGAAGCUGGCCACCUACUAGCCCUGGUCAUGGACUCAGACAGAGACAAUCCCCUCUUCUACUCGCCCAUCGGCGACAACCCCACAAACAUCCUCGACCUCGGAACAGGUCAAGGAAACUGGGCCAUUGAUGUCGCCGACAUGUUCCCAUCCGGUAAUACAUCCCUCAAUCCAAUCCAAUAUCCCAAACUAACCCAAGCAGCCAACGUCCGCGGCGUCGAUCUCUUCCCACCACCCGUAACCUGGAUGCCACCAAACUGCAUCCUGGAAGUCGACAACAUUGCCGAACCCUGGACCUGGAACGAAGCCCAAGACCUAAUCCACAUCCGAAUCAUGAUCGGGUCCUUCGAUCCCUCAGAAUGGGAACGAGUAUACGAUCAAUGCUACAACAACCUCCGCCCAGGUGGCUGGAUGGAACAACUCGAAGCAAAACCAUUCCUUGAAUGCGACGACGAUAGCCUCCCAGCUGAUAAUAUCCUCCGAACUUGGGGUCCUAAUUUAUUAGGCUGUGGUGAGCGUGCUGGACGACCACUUGAUACCAUGGAGAGGAUGAAAGAGCGAUUCGUGAAUGCGGGAUUUGUCGAUAUCCAUGAAAAAGAUUAUAAGUGGCCUAUUGGGCCAUGGGCGAAGAAUCAAAAAUACAAGGAGGCUGGCGUGGUGAAUUAUCAUCAUUGGAUGUCUGGGAUGGAAGGGUGGUCGAUGUGGUUGUUGACGAAGUUUGGGGCGCCGAAGCCAUGGUCUCAUGAUGAGGUGAUUGUUUAUAUUGCCAGGUUGAGGGCUGAGUUGAAGAAGCCCCAGUAUCAUGUUUAUGAGCGAGCACGACGGGUUUGGGCUCGUAAACCAUUUCCUGGGGAGGUUUCUCGGGCACCAAGGGGUGUUUUUAUCAAAACUGAACGAUAG